AUGGGUGUGUUAAGUCUAAAUGUGGUGUCGUCGGAGAAGGGCAUCAAAAAGACGAUGCAGUUCGAGCCGUCGAUGCUCGUUUUCGACGCCUCGAAACUGAUACGAGAGAAGUUCGGAAUGCACGAGACCGAUCCAAAUGAAUACGGUCUAUUCCGAAUCGUCGAUGACCCAUCGAAGUGCGUUUGGAUGGAGAACGGACGCAAACUUGAAUAUUACCUAGUGCGGAAUGGCGACAGCAUCGAAUAUAAGAAGAAGAUGCGAUAUCUCAAAGUUCGGAUGCUCGACGGAGCCGUUAAAACGAUAUCAGUGGACGAGAGUCAGCCAGUCAGUCAGCUUAUGCUCACAAUCUGCAAUAAAAUCGGAAUCUCGAAUUACGAGGAAUACAGUUUGGUUCGAGAUGACAUUUUGAACAAUGGAAAUUCGACAUGGAAUCUGCGUGAAGAGCGCUCUCGAAGCACGGAAAGAGGCGGAAUGAUGGGCACUCUGGGACGCAAAAAGGAGCAGAAGCUCGAGGAGCUGCGCAAGAAGCUGCACACCGAUGAGGAGCUGCCGUGGCUCGAUCACAACAAAACGCUCCGCGAGCAGAAUAUCAGCGAAGAGGAGACGCUGUUGUUGAGGAGGAAAUUCUUCUUCAGUGACACGAAUGUCGACAGUCGCGAUCCAGUCCAGCUCAAUCUUCUCUACGUGCAAUGCCGAGACGGAAUCCUUCGGGGUCUUCAUCCGGUCUCAAAAGAAACCGCCCUCCAGUUGGCGGCUCUUCAAUCCCAUAUCGAAUACGGCGAUUUUCCGUACGACAAUCCAAAGUUCCACGUCGAUGGUCGUGACGUUCUUCCAAAAGAGUACGCGAAGAACAAAGAGAAUGAAAAGAAGGUGGUUCAGUUGUACAAAGAGCUCAGCGGCACAAAUGAGUUGGACGCGAAAAGCAAAUACGUUCAUCUAUGCAGAGAGCUGAAAACCUAUGGAGUCACAUUCUUUGUGGUUAAAGAAAAAGUGCCAGGCCGGAAUCGGUUGGUCCCUCGAUUGUUGGGUGUCAACAAGGAGUGCGUGAUGCGCGUCGACGAGAAGACGAAGGCGAUUCUCAAAGAAUGGCCGCUGGAGCAGAUUCGCCGCUACACACCGUCGGGCAACACCUUCAACUUGGAUUUCGGCGACUAUCUAGACAGCUACUAUUCGGUGCAGACGCCGGACGGCGAGAAAAUUUGCCAGCUUAUCGCCGGCUACAUCGACAUUAUUCUGAAGAAGAAGCGCACACGCGAUCAUCAGGGAAUCGAAGGAGAUGAGGGCUCGACGAUGCUCGAAGAUGUUGUGGCGCCGGCGAGAGCCACUCUUGUCGCUCACGGUCAAAUCGGCAGCGGACAGCACGCCGUCGACGGAUCGGUGGCCGUACGCGGAGUGUUGCGAACACCGCAAGGCGGCUAUGGGUAUGGCAUCAACGGAGCGCAAUAUGGAGCUGUUAGUGGAGAAGUUACCUCGCAGAGUCUCGGAAGGGCUCAACGAAUUCGUGUGCAAGACAUGUAUGAGCACCCGCAGCGCGCACUUAUUGGCACAAUUGAAGCCACCAUUCGGGCGGUCGAUGAGGCCGAAGUGGAGCUCGAGCAGGAGCCGCAAAUCGACAUUCCCAAGUUCACCGACGAUCAUGCGGCGAACAGAUGGAUCGACGAGCAGAUGGCGGUUAACAAGGAGAACGUCAACGAGCGUCUGGCGGCGAUGGGCGCGGCGACCGCGCAGGUGGUCCAAUGGACCGCCGUUCAAGAGGAAUACGACGAUCGCGUCGGCACAGCCAUCGCCACAAUCGGCUCGAAUCUGCCGGAUGUGAGUCGAAACGUGCGCGAUUUGUCGGCGCUGAUGCCGCGAGAGGAGCGCGGCGAUCUCGUCGAAGCCACCCGAAUGCUUUGCGGCGCGUUCGGCGACUUCCUCACCGCCGUCAAUCCCGAGCAGAAGGAGAAACGCAAUGUGGUGUUCACCGCGGCCGGACGCGUCGGCGAAUUCUCGCAACAAGUCAUCAAUUCGAUGGAGACGCGCACCGAAGAGCAAAAAGUUUUCGAUGACCAUUUGGUGCAGAAGGCGAAAAAUGUGGCCACUUCGACGGCUCAACUCGUUUUGUGCGCGAAGACAAUCUCAGCCGAAUGCGAGGAGCCCGAACUUCAAGAGAAGGUCAUCCAAUCGGCGACGAAAUGCGCGUUCGCCACCUCACAGUUGGUGGCGUGCGCGCGAGUCGUCGCGCCGACCAUCGACAACUCGGCGUGCCAGCAGCAGCUCAACACCGCCGCCACCGAGGUGUCGCAGUCGGUCAGCAAUCUGCUUCAUGACGCCGAAUACGCGGUUGACCGACAGGAGACCUACUCGGAUAUUCAUACGGCCGCCCGACGGGUCACCAGCGCGCUCGACAGCCUUUUGGAGCAUGCCAAGACUAGUCCGAAGACGACGACGCAUCGUGAAGAGGAGGAGGAGUACAAUGAAGUGCUACGACGAACCAACAAGAUCAUCGCUUAUCAAGGUCCCAGCGAGGAUCUCACGCGAGAGGCCAAACGCGUCAUUCGCCACAGUCAGAUUCUCACUGAGCAAUUCGAGAUGGAAGCCAAUCAGAGACCCGAGGAUCGCGACCGGCUUCUGGAUGCGGCUAGACGCGUCGCUACCGCCACUUCCGAUAUGAUCGCGGCGACAAAGGAUUGCGAAUCUCGACCGAGCGAAGUCGACUCGGAGCGCAAUCUGCGCACCGCGGCCGAACGCCUCAGUCGCGUGACCAACGAGACGACUCAGGAGCAGCAGGAGAAGCACAUCAUGCAGCGUCUCGAGCAGGCCGCCAAACAGACCGCCUAUGAUGCAACGCAGACGAUCGCCGCCUCAAAUGCAGCCAAGGACGUCAUCUCGAACAAGACCUACAGCGACAGUUUGGUGUAUGAAUCUAGAAGAACUGCCGAGCAUUUGCCGCGAUUGAUCAUCUCGAUUCGCGAGAGUCAGAAUGCGCAGUCGCCCGAGCAGCAGUAUAAUGCGCAGAGUCAACUCAUCAAGGAUUCGCAUCAGAUCUUGGAGACAUCCACGCUUCUCGUUGAGUCCGCCAGACGAUGUGCUCCGAUGGUCAGCGAGGUGCACUUGGCCUCCAACUUGUCGGAGUCGGCGAAUCGUCUCACUGACUCGUUGGCUGCUCUUCGUGUCGCCGUCAACGAUGCGCAGAAGUUCAACAGCUCGCAACAGCACGUCUACGAAAAAUCGGAGACGGUUCACUAUUCGAGCGUCACUCAAAGAGGUCCACUGCAGCUCGGUGAGCUCAUCGACUUGCCAGAGUUUGGACGAAACGUCGAACUGCUGAUUAACUCGUGCACUCGAAUCGAGUCAAGGGCUCUCACCAACGAGGAGUUGCUCUCGGAGACGAAUUCGGCGACGAAGCAUGCCGCAGUCAUCGCACAGAUCUGCCGAAACGCUUCGACACAAUGCGCCGACGCGGAAGUGAUGAAGCACUUGGUGAACAGUGCCAGCGAGAUCGGAUCCAAGACAAUCGCACUCGUCGAUUCCAUCAAAUUGUUCAACUCGCGACGCAUUCCGGAGAACGAGGACCGCUAUUCGGUGUGCAGUUCGGAGCUUCGCAACUACGUCACCCACUUCUACAAUUCGCUGAGAGGCGCGCCGUCAUCGGGCGAUCAAACGGCCGGUCAAGUGGAAUUGGAGAAGGCGAUUCUGAAUCUGCGCCACAUCUCCGCGCAAGUCCAACGAAGUGCGAUGGACGCGUACUCGAACGCGAAUGUGCAGCCGAACGCGACCGUUGAGAAGCAGCUGUUGCAGCAGGCGCAGCACAUUACCAACAAGCUCGAGGACGAGGUUGACGACCUUGCCGGACAAGCGAUUACCCAAGGCGAUCGACUGGCGCACGUUGUGCAGGUGCAUGUCAAUCUAACGAAGGAUCUGGCGAGUGCCACGUGCUCGGCGGCCAGCAUUGCCAUCGACAGCAAUCAGCAGACCGAGUUGUUCGACAAAUGUCGCACUGUCGUUGAAGCUGAGAUCCAGAUGAUGCUCGCCUGCCGUGAUUCUCAAGGAAACCCACACGCGCAGCCACACGUCGAAGAAGCCGCUGGACAAUUGAAGCAUGCCAUUGGAGACGUUCGUCGGACAAUCUCGCGGGUUUCCAAUGAUCAGGUGGCUCUACGCGGAAUGGUUGACACCAUCUCGUUGUCGAUCGCGAACACUGACAUUGAAACGUCGACUCAAGGAUCGAUCGCGGACUCGCAGACUCGCAUGAACUCGUACCUCGAAGAGAUCCGUCGAACUGCUCAAGAGAUGCCACACUGCAACACCAACGAUCUCGGACCAGCUUCGUUGAACCUCAGCGAGAAAUACCGACUGGUGGCUUCCGACGUCCGUCAAGCAGUUGGAAUGUUGCCAGAAGCUGAAGUUGGACAAAAGCUGAAGGUGGCAGUUCAAAAGCUUGGAACGAGUUGCAUCGACACCGUCAAAGUUGCUGGCCAGCGACGAGCUCAUCCCGAUGAUGAGAGAAUCUAUCGCGAGCUCAUCGGAAAGACCGACACCGUUGUAGAACGCGUCGAUCAAGUCCUCGCCGCUCUUCAUGAAGCUUCGCGAGGAACUCAAGCAUGCAUCAACGCUGCUAACACUGUCAGCGGCAUCAUUGGCGACUUGGACACAACCAUCAUGUUCGCCACUAGCGGAUCGUUGAAUAUGAGCGGCGAUCAGAAAUUCCCGGUUCAUCGAGAUGCGAUUCUGAAGACUGCCAAGGCGCUCGUCGAAGACACGAAGGCUUUAGUUACCGGUGCUGCUUCGAAUCAAGAGCAACUCGCCGUCGCUGCUCAAAACGCCGUCCGCACUAUUGUCAACCUAUCGGAUGCCGUGAAGAAUGGAGCUGUCAGUCUGCACAACGACAACGCUGAAUCUCAAGUGCUGGUGAUUCAUGCCGUUCGAGAUGUUGCCGCCGCGCUCGCCUCACUCAUCCAGGCUACCAAGAAUGCUUCCGGAAGAUCUUGCCAACAUCCAGCGAUGACUCAAUUGAAGGAGGCUGCCAAGGUGAUGGUCUCCAACGUUACUUGUCUUCUGAAGACAGUGAAGAGCGUCGAAGAUCGUCAUAAUCAGGGACCACGAGCUUUGGAAGCUGCUGUGGAAGCGGUCAACUUUGAGAUUAAGCAAUACGACGUUGAAGCGACUGAUGGAAGCACUUUCAUGUCUGGAGCCAGCGCUGAGCAUCUUCAGAAUGCCGCUGAGAACGUCUCGCAGGUUACUCAGCGAAUCGCCGCUUCAGCCGAAGGCGUCGCGCAGGAGGAGGUCAUCGCCAUUGCGAACCUAUCGCGAACCGCUGUCAGAUCACUUCUGGCCGUUGUUCGAACCGUCGCCAGCGAGGCCGACACCGCUGAGCAGCGCUACGCGAUUCUCGACUCGGGUCGUGACGUCGCCAGCAAUGUGAAGGCGCUUCUCGUCGGCUUGCAUUCGCAACUCACCCGUCACCCGAAUGAUGACACCAAAAUGUUGCUGCUCGAGGCCUCGCGAGGCGUCUCAAGGGCAUUGUCAAAUCUUGUCGGCAUCUGCGGUGACAUGUCGAACGCCGAGCCAAGAGGGCAAGAAUCUGCAGCCGCGCAAGCCGAAAGUGAGCUCUUGGGAGCAGCUAGCUCAAUCGAAGCGGCUUCCAUUCGUCUCGCUGAGCUCAGGCCACGACACUCCAUCGUCCAACCAAACGGCCAAGAACUCGGCGACGACGAUCAGGAGUUUGACGAGAAAAUUCUGAGCGCCGCGAAAUCGAUCACGUCGGCCGUGCAGACACUCGUGAGAGCUGCCUCGAAUGCUCAACGAGAGCUCAUCGCGCAAGGAAGACUUGACACAUCGCGAUCAUCGGGACCCGACUAUCAAUGGUCGGAGGGACUUGUCAGCGCCGCGCGAUUCGUCGUCGCUGCUGUUCAUCAAUUGUGCGAAGCGGCGAACGCGCUCGUUCAAGGGCAAGCCAGCGAGGAGAAACUGAUCUCGGCGGCGAAGCAGGUGGCUUCAUCGACAGCCCAUCUGUUGGUGGCUUGCAAUGUGAAGGCUGAUAUGGACAGUCAGGCCAAGAAGAGGCUGCAGAUCGCCGGACAAGCUGUUAAGACGGCAACUGAAAGACUCGUGCAAUCGGCGAGGCAGAUUGUCUCGAGAGACGAUCGCAACAUCGUCAUCUCGGAGCGCCUCGUCUCCGGAAUCGCUCAAGUGAUGGAUGCUCAAGAAGAGGUUCUGCGAAAGGAGAAAGAGCUCGGAGAAGCUCGAAACCGGCUCGCGCAUCUCAACAAGGCGCGAUACGAACGCGACGGCUCCGCCGAUCAAAACUAA